ACUUGUCCCACGCGACUCCAAGAUGGCGGCGCCCAUGCUGCGCGCCCUGCGGCGGCCGGGCUGGGGCCUGCGCGGGGCUGGGCGGCCCCGAGCGAGCGGCCCCCACCGGAGGGACAUCAGUUUCAAGCUAGACGAGCGAACGGCUCACAGCAGCCUGGAUCUCUCCAAAAAAGACACCAGCGUCAUUUACCGCAUGCUGGGGAUUGACCCAACCAAGGUCCCCCAGAACCCCGAGCGAUUUCGGGAGUGGGCGGUGGUGUUGGGGGACACUGCCGUGUCCAGCGGCCAGCACUACUGGGAAGUGACGGUCAAGCGCUCGCAGCAGUUCCGUAUCGGCGUGGCUGAUGUGGACAUUUCCAGGGAAGGGUGCAUUGGGCACGACGACCGCUCCUGGGUGUUUGCAUACUCCCACCACAGGUGGUACGUCAUGCUGGCCAAUGAAACCACCCCCAUCCGCAACGUCGGCAACCCCGAGCGCGUGGGUCUGCUGCUGGACUACGAGGGCAGGAAACUCAGCCUGGUGGACGUGGGCAAACAGGUGUUAAUCCAUACCCUGGCCACGGAGUUCCAGGGGCCCGUGGUGCCUGCGUUUGCUCUCUGGGAUGGGGAGCUGCUAACUCAUUCUGGGAUGGAUGUGCCCAAGAACCUCCGGGACAGUUAACGGUUAACCCCAGGGCCUGGGAUGUCUGGACGUGUCCUUCUGUAGGGAGAUCCUUCGACGAUGCUUCAGCGUGAGGCAGAGAAAGGGAUUUGGUCAGUCCCCUCACCCCGCUUAGUCCAGAGGGGGCGCUCUCCAGGCAGUCUAGCGCUUGCUUUCCCCUUGGGAAGGAGCAGUCCCCUCUCAGCCCCAGCUAGGAACCAACUCCAGCUCUUCUGCUCAGCUAAAGCAGGGUCCUCAGGCCAAGAUUCUGUGGCUCAACCCUGGAGCAG